AUGAUUGAGGCUAUGAUUAUCCUGGCAGCUAUUGCCUUUAAAACACUCCUUUUCUUUUCAUAUCAUUCCACGGAUUUUGAGGUGCACCGAAACUGGCUUGCUGUCACAUAUAGCACUCCGCUUAGCCAAUGGUAUGAAGAGGCUACCAGCCAUUGGACUCUUGAUUACCCACCACUGUUUGCCGCAGUGGAAUGGUUCUUAGCUCAGUUUGCUUCCUACAUUGAUCCCAGGAUGCUGAUUCUGUCGAAAGAUCCCUACGUCUCUUCAUCUGUGAUAAUUUUUCAACGCUGCUCUGUCAUCUUCAUGGAGCUUUUGCUUAUCUACGCUGUUCACUCGCUGCUGCUUAGCCUCCUUGGUCCGACGACUAGAGGAAACCGAGCACUGAGGUCUGUUGCAAUGGCUCUCUUUGCUUUUAACUUUGGGUUAUUUAUUGUUGAUCGUAUCCUUUUAUAG